AUGAAGUUCGGUCUUUUCGUUAGUGCGUUUACCGCACUUCUGACCUCCACUGCUGCACAGAAGGUCUCUGGUGCAGCUGAAGGUUUUGCUCAAGGUGUUACUGGAGGCGGCUCAGCAACGCCCGUCACCCCGAGGAACAUCCAGGAGCUUGUCACUUACUUGACCGACAAGUCGCCUCGUGUCAUCGUUCUCGACAGGACUUACGACUUCACUGGCUCCGAGGGUACGGUGCGUGCGACGGGUUGCGCUCCAUGGGGAACCGGAAAGGGCUGUCAACUGGCCAUCAACACCGCCAACUUUUGUGGCACUUGGCCUGCCGCCCAGGUUACCUACGACAAGGCUGGGACAGCUGGUAUCAAUGUCGCUUCGGACAAGACCAUUAUUGGAGUUGGUAACAAGGGUAUUAUCAAGGGCAAGGGACUGCGCUUCGCCAACGUGAAGAACGUUAUCGUUCAGAACAUCCAUGUGACUACCCUUAACCCGCAAUACGUCUGGGGCGGUGAUGCAUUUAUCUUCAAUGCCGCCAGCAAGAUCUGGAUCGAUCAUUGCACUACAUCGCUUCUCGGACGUCAACACUACGUCUUUGGCCGUGACAAGAGCACCGGUAUCACUCUGUCAAACAACUUCAUCGACGGCCGCACUUCGUGGUCAGCCGGAUGCACUGGUUACCACUAUUGGACCUUUGAAAUGGUUGGCCAGGGCGAUCAAAUUACCCUCCAGAACAACUACAUUAUCCACACAGCCGGACGUGGACCGGCUCUCUCUGCCACUACCUUCCUCCACGCGGUCAACAACGUCUGGUCUGACAUCAAGGGUCAUGCCAUCGAGGGAGACACAGCUGGCAAGGGUCUGUUUGAGGGCAACGUGUUCCUGAACGUUCAGCAAGUCGUCACGCCCGACUUCAAGGGCCAACUGAACAGCUGCCCCGACACCGCCGCUGCAGAGGCUACCAAGCCGUACCUCGGUCGCGUCUGCCAAGGCAACAUCUUCUCUGGUUCAGGUGCCUUCAACCGUAAGGACACUGGAUUCUUGUCCGAAUUUAAGGGUCUGCCCAUUGCUCGGGCCACUCAGGCCAAGACCGCGCAGGCCAAAGUUCCCCAGAACGCUGGCUUUGGAAAGAUUUAA